ACUUUUCGGCGAGUGUGGCAACCCUGUAAAAUAUCAAGGAAUGCGAACGCGGGGUGGUUGAUAUCUGCGGAUAGCUGAGUUGUGGUGGCUUAAAACUCAGGUAAAUAGAUAUCUGCUGGUUUGGUGCGUUGUGGUGUUGUUGGAUUUGUUAUUGUACUUAUUUAAGAAUACCUUAAACGUGUUAAGGAAAUAAAUAUGUGCAUGGCAGAACUUGUAAUCAUAUUGUGCGACAAUAUAUCGCCCAAACAGGAGCAAGAAGAUUCCAUAUAGUUGGAGAACAUUGAAUAUGAAUACAACAGUAGAUUUGGUGUCGGAUGAAGAAACAUUCCCUGUACAAAAGAAAAUUAAAGAAAGUCCAAAAGAAAAGUGUGUGAAGAAGGAGACCUCUACUCCAGCACGUAGCAGAAGAAACUUAAAAAAUGAACUAGACACUGAAAAGGAUUCUAAAUCUAAUGUGAAAGAUGAAGUUAAGAAAACGGCAGCUAAAAAGAGACCUCCAAAAAAGCAAUUAACAUCACCUGCUAAGAAAAAACCUAAACUAGAACCUGAUGGAGAAAAUAAAAAAAAGACAAGCAGAGUGAAGACUGAAAAAGUGAAAAAAGAAGAUGAAAGCCCUGAAGAUAUUUCUUUGGAAUCUUCAGCUGCAGAAACUAGCAAAUUCCAGCCUAAACUGCAAUUUGGUGUGGAAUGGCGGGUUGAACACGUCAUUGCAGAUAAACUCAAUUUGCCACCACCAAUUAUUAAGAAUGUUGUACGACUUUUUGAAAAUGAAAACACCAUUCCUUUUAUUGCUCGAUACCGCAAGGAACAAACCGGAAACAUGGAACCAGAAAUGUUGCGACGAGUGAAAGAUAAUUAUGAACGCUUAUUAUCUGUUAAACAGAAGAUAGAUACUGUAGCAAAAUCAAUUACUAAACUGAACAAAAUGACUCCAUCAAUAUUGGCUGCCUUGCAAAGUUCGCAGACAAUGAAUGAAAUCGAACAUAUUUAUGCCCAGUUUAAGCCUUCAGGAGCUCGUACUUUGGCAGAAAAAGCUCGAGCCCUUGGAUUAGAAAGCCCUGCCAUGGCUAUUUUGGAGGGGACAUCGUGGGUAAACCCAACAACCCUUGUGAACUCACAAACUGGAUCUUUGGAGAAAGUGUUGCAAGGUUUGCAGCAUAUAAUUGCUGAUGUCAUAAGCAAAAACAAAGCCAUUUUGGAUACAAUGCGAGAACUUUAUGAAAAAAACAAAUAUAGUAUAACUGUGGAGUCUAAAAGGGCAAAGACUGCUACAAAAGCUGAUGAAAAGAAAGCGGAAAGGAAGGCAGCAACUACAUCAAAGGCUGGAAAAAAAGUAGAUGAAUUUACUGCUGAGAAGUUUCAAAUGUAUUUUGAAUGGAAGUCAUCAGUUGGUAACAUCAAACCACAUCAGGUGCUUGCAAUUCUUAGAGGAGAAUCAUUAAAAGUUUUGUCAGUAAAAAUCAAUGUACCAGAUUGGUUUCUGCAGCGUGUGAAGCAAACAUGUGAGAGAGUAUGGUUAAUGAAAGGAAUCAGAGAUCCAUCUAGAUUUGAUAUAGUUCAAAAGGCAAUAGAAGAUUCAUACAACAGAUUGUUGCAGCCUCAUGUUGUGCGUCAAAUUCGUAGUGACCUCAUGGAAGAAGCUCAUCUAGCAUCUAUUGAAGUAUUUGCUAGCAACCUUAAGCACCUGCUUCUGACACCACCCUUUCGAGGAAAAGUGGUGAUGGGAAUAGAUCCAGGAUUUACACAUGGAUGUAAACUAGCAGUUGUAAAUACUAAUGGAGAGGUGUUGAAGACUGAUGUUAUGUAUUUACAUUCAGGGAAAGAAAGUGAUAAAUGGAAACAUUUAAUACGAUCACUUUUAAUGGAUCACAGUCCUGUUGCAAAACAAGAGUUUCCUGAAUUGGAUCCAAAUGUGAUAAGUGCUGUUUCAUUGGCCAGAAGAUUGCAAGAACCACUCAGUGAACUUGUAAAAGUGGAGCCCAAGCACCUUGGAGUUGGAAUGUACCAACAUGACAUUCCUGAAAAAAAAUUGUCAGCUACUCUAAAUGAAGUAGUUGUGGAGUGUGUGAGUUUUGUUGGUGUGGAUGUCAACACUGCAUCAGAGACGUUACUGAGGCAUGUUGCGGGUUUAAAUGCCACAAGAGCUUCCAAUAUUAUUGAUUGGCGGACCAAGAAAGGCCCCUUUCUCAACAGAGAUCAGUUGCAUCUUGUUAAAGGAGUUGGACCAAAAUCCUUUGAACAGUGCGCUGGAUUUCUUCGUAUAAUCUCAGAAACUAGCUCCUCCUUGUGCUUUGGUGAUCUCAAGAUUGGAAAGGUUCUUUUCAAACAAGGUAAAUCAAAGCCCAUUAAAUUGAUCAUUAUUAGGCUAGACAAACUUGUGUUUAUGUCCAAAAUGAUGUGUUGCAGAAGUGAAGCAUCUACCUCCAAAGGUGAGAAGAAGGUAGCCAUUGGGAGUGAAAAUGCUCCAAAUCCUCUGGAUCGAACAUGGAUUCAUCCAGAGUCCUAUGUUACUGUUUAUUGGUUCCUUGAACUGUGUGACCUUACACUUUCAGAGUUUGGAAGUGAAAAAUUUUUAAGUAAAAUACGAAACAAAGUCGAAGAGAUAGGUCUCCAGAAAAUUGCUCUAUCUGCAGAUGUAUCAGAAGCAAGACUGAAACUUAUUGUUGAUGGAUUGACACAAAAACCUGAUUAUGAUUUCCGUUCUCAGUUCCAGAAACCUCUUUUUCGUAGUUCAAUUUGUACAGUAAAUGAUUUGGUUAUAGGGAGUACUCUUACAGGAAGAGUACAGAACGUUACUCAUUUUGGAGCAUUUGUUGAUGUGGGCGUUGGAAAUGAUGGAUUAAUACACAUAUCUCAGAUGAGAAAUACCAAGUUGCAAGUUGGAGAUCGAGUGGAGGUAGUAGUACUAAAUGUAGAAAUAGGACAAAGGAGAUCUAAAAUAGGCUUAAGUCUAGCUCGUAAAGUGUAAAGAUGAGAUAAAGCUUUUAUGAAGCUUUUUGAGCUCAAGUAUUCUCCAUUGAAUUUUAUUUACAGGUGUAUAUUGUACAUUUAAAAGACUGAAUGAAAAUAUUAUAUAUUUAUUUUUUGCAUA